ACGUGGCUUCAUUCCUUUCCCAGGUUAAUAGGUGAGGGAUUCUGUCCACACAGCACAAUCUCUUGACGUUUUUUUUUCUUUUUCCAUAGCCAUUCACCACCAUUGUUAACUGAUCAAGCUUCUCUAUCAAACAUCCCCAACUCCUUCCUUCCAUUUUCACUGCUACAUUAACUAGAAAACAAAUUCAUCAAACAAACAACAAUUCGUUGUAAAGAAAUACUAAAAGAACUAACAAAUCCAUUGCAAUUUGGCAUUGUUGCCGUUUCUGUAUUAGAGAGAACACACAAAUGGGAAGGGCUUAUUACCGUUAGUUAUAAUAAGUAAAUAGAGUAUAAUAAAACUUUCUGCUUUGCAAGCAAUUCUCAAUGUUGAAUCCUUCUUUUUGCUUAUCUAAGAAAACUCGGUAUUACUUGCCACUCUUCAAGAGUGAUUUCCUUAGAGGACAAUUUCAUAGCAGACAUUUUUUAUCCUUCAAGCUGACUCCUAACAGAAGGAAAUUUUCAGGGCUUGUGGUUUCACCAAGUUGCGUCCUUCCAUUAACUGAAGAGAAUGUGGAGAAGGUUUUAGAUGAGGUGCGGCCUGGUUUGAUGGCUGAUGGUGGCAAUGUGGUUUUACAUGAGAUAGAUGGCCUUGUUGUAGUAUUAAAGCUGGAAGGAGCUUGUGGAUCAUGUCCAAGUUCUACAAUGACACUAAAAAUGGGUAUUGAAACUCGCUUGCGGGAUAAAAUACCAGAAAUCAUGGCUGUUGAGCAGAUAAUGGACACUGAAACAGGACUGGAGCUAAAUGAGGAAAAUGUCGAAAAGAUAUAUGGAACUCCAACUGAAGAGCUCAAAUUGGUUACUUUCAGGUUCUUUCUGAGAUUAGACCAUACCUCUCUGGGACAGGAGGUGGAGUACUUGAACUUGUUCAAAUUGAUGAUUAUGUUGUCAAGGUUCGGCUUAGUGGUCCUGCGGCCGGGGUAAUGACAGUCCGUGUCGCUUUGACGCAAAAAUUGAGAGAUAAGAUACCUGUCAUUGCAGCUGUACAGCUGAUUGACUGAUGAAGGAAUGGUUAGAGCCAUAAUUUUAUUGUAAAGAGAAAAUAGAAUGUUAGCAUGUUAUGUUAAGAGUAUCCAUAUGUAGUUUCUGUUAAAAUUUUGAUCAUGUAAUCAAUAUGAACCUGGGAAAUACUUAAUUUCUUGAAAGGAUCUAGUUGUGGCAAGGGAAGGCUGCCUCUGGAAAAUUGAUGAAAUUUUGAUCAUA